AUGUGCCUUACGUGGAUUGAUGAAUUUAUAACAAGAUAUAUUGUUCCUCUGGCGGUCAAGCUUAAAACAAUUCAGUUCAUAUUUUGCUUGCUUUUUAUUCUGUGCAAAUUAACAAGUGCGCAGGUGUUCGCAAAUGAAUGUGAUCUAGUGAGCGUAGAUGAUGUUACGGGAGUUGUUAUGAGUUGCCGCGUGAGGACGCUGCAGCGCAUAUCUGAUGCAGCACCAGUCGAUUUCGAUGUUUCAAGGAUUUUGAGCAUAUUCUGUGACGAUUUCAGCUACGAAAACAUCAUAUCAAACGGCACUUUUAGCAAGUUCGGAAACGUUCAGUCCCUUCAAAUUGAAAAUUGCUACGUUCCGAAUUUUCCCGAAUCUUCGUUUUGGGGUUUAUUGAAUUUGGUUAAUCUUUCAGUUCAUUUAAAUAAAACAAGCUCGAAAAUACUCAAAUUUAAAGAAGAAGCGUUCGCAAAUUUGCCUAAGCUACAAAAGCUUGAUUUAAGCUACAACAAUCUCAUCGUUCUACCUGCCAAUUUGUUUUGCGGAUUACAGAACUUGAAGGUUCUGAAUCUGACAAAUUGCGAGUUAGAUGAUGCUAGAAACAUCGGUCUAGGAUCUUCCGAGACCUUAAAAUGUCUUCCCGAGCUAAUGAUAUUAGACUUGUCUUACAAUAUUCUUAAAAGUAUCCCAGAUGGCAUCUUUUCUUCUCUUGUAUCCCUAAAGAUACUAUACUUAAACAAUAAUCAGCUGUCAGAGCUGUAUCCGUAUGCUUUUAGUGGCCUUAGUAGACUACAGAGUCUGGAUUUGUCGAAUAACAGAAUAAGUCAUUUGCCAGAACAAAUAUUCCAACAGUCAUCGGAUAUUUUAGAGCUUUAUCUGCAAAAUAAUUCUCUGAGUUCACUAACGCCGCGGGUGUUUGAAGGCUUAAGGCAGCUGGUAGGAUUAAAUCUAAGUUAUAAUUCCCUGGAAAAUGUUGUUUCGUCUGAAACUUUGGCAGAUUUAAGUCGUUUGUUUGUCCUGGAUUUGAAUCAUAAUCGCUUCCAAGUUGUCACCGUGACUAAUUUCCAUUUAAUUAGAAGUCUGCAAAUUUUAUAUCUAAGUUAUAACAAUAUUGUGAACAUCAGUGAUAAUUCGUUCUCUUCGCUGCGAAACCUGCAUACUUUAACCUUGGCUGGUAAUAGGAUUCGGAACGUUGAUGCAAACACAUUUAGCGGCCUCGAGUCAUUAAAUUAUUUGUCCUUGAGUAACAAUGAAAUCGAAUUCAUAAAUCCGAAUGCAUUCGCUUCGUGCAAAUCAAUUCAAAACUUGAAACUUCGCUCGAACAAAUUAACAGAAUUUCCUAAAGCUUUAAAUAGCCUCACUUUCUUGAAACAUAUCGAUCUAACACACAAUCAAGUUUACAACAUUAGCAACAACACGUUCCAAGGGCUGAAGAAUAUUGUGAGUUUACACAUAUCUAAGAAUCAUGUAGGGAACAUGACAAAAGGCUGUUUUCAGGACCUUACAUCGUUAAAGACGUUAGAUCUAUCAUACAACAAAAUACAAUCUUUGGGGCAUAGUUUAUUUGAUGACGUACCAGAACUGCGCGUGGCAAAAUUUAACGACAAUCAGCUCACUGACAUCAACGGGCUUUUCAUGAACCUUCGAUAUCUGCACACGUUAAAUGUCUCAAGAAACAAAAUUACCUGGUUUGAUUAUGCACUCGUUCCAACAGAGCUUAAAAUCCUUGAUAUUCAUGAUAAUCAAAUCGAUAAAAUAGGAAAUUACUUCGAGCUAGAGCAGCUGAUGAAUUUGAGAAAUGUUGACGCCUCGCGUAAUUUGAUCCGAGAACUGAAUCCAGCAUCGUUGCCAAACAGUAUCGAAACUGUUUCAUUCCGGUUUAACAGAAUAACAGUUAUAGGUCCUUUUACGUUCAUGGCCAAAACAAAUCUGACAUUCGUUGAUCUGAGGGGCAAUGCUAUUCGCCAUCUCGACAUUAACGCGUUUAGAUUGAAAAGUAUUGCUCCAAAUCAACCAUUGCCGGAAUUCCUUCUUUCUAACAACACCCUUACAUGUGACUGCAGCAUGGAAUGGCUACAAAGGAUAAACAACUACGAUGAGACUAGACAGUAUCCUCUAAUUAGUGACCUUGGUGAUGUGCUCUGCCAUGUGACUUUUCCUCGUAGAAACGCUGUAGUUCCAAUGUCAGUUACUAAAGCAUCAGACUUUUUGUGUCGAUACCACAGCCAUUGUUUCGCUUUGUGUCAUUGUUGCGAUUUCGAUGCUUGCGAUUGUGAAAUGGUGUGCCCAGAAAACUGCACUUGCUAUUCGGAUCAGACGUGGAACACAAAUAUGGUUGACUGCAGCCUGAGAGGAUAUUCCAAUGUCCCCCAUCGCAUACCCAUGGAUGUCACCGAUUUGUACCUAGACGGAAAUGAUAUGAGCCACGUUUCAAGCCACUCUCUCAUUGGUCACAAAAACUUGCGCGUCUUGCAUAUGAAUAACAGCAACAUUCAUAUAAUCCGAAACAGAACGUUCAACGGACUACAGAAUUUAUUUGUUCUACAUUUGGAGAAUAACCAUAUUACUGUGAUAGAAGGGCACGAGUUUACAAAUUUAACCAAAUUGCAAGAGCUUUAUCUUUCUCACAACCGAUUAAAAACCAUUAAAAAUGAAUCAUUCAAGCACUUAAAUUUUCUUCAAAUUUUAUAUCUAGAUCACAACCAUAUCAUUCAAUUUAAUGUUUGGAAUCUCAAAUAUAAUCGUGCACUGAUUAAAGUAAAAAUUGGACACAAUAGGUGGAAUUGUGAUUGCUCUUUUACAGAACCAUUCCGAUAUUGGUUUACAAAAUACAAACCAAUUGUCGUUGAUGGCGGCAGUGUGCGUUGUACUUACAAUAAUUUUACCACGAUGCACAUUAUUGAAUUUAGCAACUCCUCGUGUUCUAACUUCAGCGUUAUACCCUUCACUUCAGCAGAAUUUGUAGAAGAAUACAUGUCGGUGGUCAUACUCGUUCCAAUGAUGCUAUUAAUGAUGUUGUUAAUUGCUUUCCUUGUGUGUAAGUACAGAAAUAAUAUGAAAAUGUGGAUCUAUAACAAGUAUGGAGUAAAAUUAUUUGAGAAAAGUGAGUAUCCUGAAGACAAUGAAAAACUGUUUGAUGCCUUUGUGUCGUACUGCAAAAAAGAUGAAGCUUUCGUCACGCAGAUGGUUUCCCCAGAGCUGGAGUGUGGAUCCCCACCGCAAAGACUUUGUUUGCGGUACAGGGACUUACCAGUCUCGCGGUACAUGGCAGAGACUAUAUCAGAAGCAGUAGAGUGUAGCUUUUGUAGCAUUGCUGUGGUAUCUGAACAGUACUUGAAGAGUGAGUGGUGUAUUUUCGAACUAAAAGCUUCCCACCACGAAACUCAGUGCAACAAGCGUCACAAACUCAUCAUCAUACUUUUGAACAAAGUCGAAAUCAAAGAACUUGAACCUGACGUCAGAGCUUGUUUUAAGGCCGCCAUUAUAGUACAUUGGGGUGAUCGACGAUUCUGGGAAAAGCUGAGGUACGCUUUGCCUGAAGGCAGGAACAAUAGACAUCACAUGAACUGCAAUGAUACAAAACUUUCUACAACGCUACGGCGAUCCUCGCUGUCAAAUUCUAUAAAACUUAUGGAAUGUGAAACGGUGAAGCUUAAAACUAUUCAGUUCAUAUUUUGCUUGCUUUUUAUUCUGUGCAAAUUAACAAGUGCGCAGGUGUUCGCAAAUGAAUGUGAUCUAGUGAGCGUAGAUGAUGUUACGGGAGUUGUUAUGAGUUGCCGCGUGAGGACGCUGCAGCGCAUAUCUGAUGCAGCACCAGUCGAUUUCGAUGUUUCAAGGAUUUUGAGCAUAUUCUGUGACGAUUUCAGCUACGAAAACAUCAUAUCAAACGGCACUUUUAGCAAGUUCGGAAACGUUCAGUCCCUUCAAAUUGAAAAUUGCUACGUUCCAAAUUUUCCCGAAUCUUCGUUUUGGGGUUUAUUGAAUUUGGUUAAUCUUUCAGUUCAUUUAAAUAAAACAAGCUCGAAAAUACUCAAAUUUAAAGAAGAAGCGUUCGCAAAUUUGCCUAAGCUACAAAAGCUUGAUUUAAGCUACAACAAUCUGAUCGUUCUACCUGCCAAUUUGUUUUGCGGAUUACAGAACUUGAAGGUUCUGAAUCUGACAAAUUGCGAGUUAGAUGAUGCUAGAAACAUCGGUCUAGGAUCUUCCGAGACCUUAAAAUGUCUUCCCGAGCUAAUGAUAUUAGACUUGUCUUACAAUAUUCUUAAAAGUAUCCCAGAUGGCAUCUUUUCUUCUCUUGUAUCCCUAAAGAUACUAUACUUAAACAAUAAUCAGCUGUCAGAGCUGUAUCCGUAUGCUUUUAGUGGCCUUAGUAGACUACAGAGUCUGGAUUUGUCGAAUAACAGAAUAAGUCAUUUGCCAGAACAAAUAUUCCAACAGUCAUCGGAUAUUUUAGAGCUUUAUCUGCAAAAUAAUUCUCUGAGUUCACUAACGCCGCGGGUGUUUGAAGGCUUAAGGCAGCUGGUAGGAUUAAAUCUAAGUUAUAAUUCCCUGGAAAAUGUUGUUUCGUCUGAAACUUUGGCAGAUUUAAGUCGUUUGUUUGUCCUGGAUUUGAAUCAUAAUCGCUUCCAAGUUGUCACCGUGACUAAUUUCCAUUUAAUUAGAAGUCUGCAAAUUUUAUAUCUAAGUUAUAACAAUAUUGUGAACAUCAGUGAUAAUUCGUUCUCUUCGCUGCGAAACCUGCAUACUUUAACCUUGGCUGGUAAUAGGAUUCGGAACGUUGAUGCAAACACAUUUAGCGGCCUCGAGUCAUUAAAUUAUUUGUCCUUGAGUAACAAUGAAAUCGAAUUCAUAAAUCCAAAUGCAUUCGCUUCGUGCAAAUCAAUUCAAAACUUGAAACUUCGCUCGAACAAAUUAACAGAAUUUCCUAAAGCUUUAAAUAGCCUCACUUUCUUGAAACAUAUCGAUCUAACACACAAUCAAGUUUACAACAUCAGCAACAACACGUUCCAAGGGCUGAAGAAUAUUGUGAGUUUACACAUAUCUAAGAAUCAUGUAGGGAACAUGACAAAAGGCUGUUUUCAGGACCUUACAUCGUUAAAGACGUUAGAUCUAUCAUACAACAAAAUACAAUCUUUGGGGCAUAGUUUAUUUGAUGACGUACCAGAACUGCGGGUGGCAAAAUUUAACGACAAUCAGCUCACUGACAUCAACGGGCUUUUCAUGAACCUUCGAUAUCUGCACACGUUAAAUGUCUCAAGAAACAAAAUUACCUGGUUUGAUUAUGCACUCGUUCCAACAGAGCUUAAAAUCCUUGAUAUUCAUGAUAAUCAAAUCGAUAAAAUAGGAAAUUACUUCGAGCUAGAGCAGCUGAUGAAUUUGAGAAAUGUUGACGCCUCGCGUAAUUUGAUCCGAGAACUGAAUCCAGCAUCGUUGCCAAACAGUAUCGAAACUGUUUCAUUCCGGUUUAACAGAAUAACAGUUAUAGGUCCUUUUACGUUCAUGGCCAAAACAAAUCUGACAUUCGUUGAUCUGAGGGGCAAUGCUAUUCGCCAUCUCGACAUUAACGCGUUUAGAUUGAAAAGUAUUGCUCCAAAUCAACCAUUGCCGGAAUUCCUUCUUUCUAACAACACCCUUACAUGUGACUGCAGCAUGGAAUGGCUACAAAGGAUAAACAACUACGAUGAGACUAGACAGUAUCCUCUAAUUAGUGACCUUGGUGAUGUGCUCUGCCAUGUGACUUUUCCUCGUAGAAACGCUGUAGUUCCAAUGUCAGUUACUAAAGCAUCAGACUUUUUGUGUCGAUACCACAGCCAUUGUUUCGCUUUGUGUCAUUGUUGCGAUUUCGAUGCUUGCGAUUGUGAAAUGGUGUGUCCAGAAAACUGCACUUGCUAUUCGGAUCAGACGUGGAACACAAAUAUGGUUGACUGCAGCCUGAGAGGAUAUUCCAAUGUCCCCCAUCGCAUACCCAUGGAUGUCACCGAUUUGUACCUAGACGGAAAUGAUAUGAGCCACGUUUCAAGCCACUCUCUCAUUGGUCACAAAAACUUGCGCGUCUUGCAUAUGAAUAACAGCAACAUUCAUAUAAUCCGAAACAGAACGUUCAACGGACUACAGAAUUUAUUUGUUCUACAUUUGGAGAAUAACCAUAUUACUGUGAUAGAAGGGCACGAGUUUACAAAUUUAACCAAAUUGCAAGAGCUUUAUCUUUCUCACAACCGAUUGAAAACCAUUAAAAAUGAAUCAUUCAAGCACUUAAAUUUUCUUCAAAUUUUAUAUCUAGAUCACAACCAUAUCAUUCAAUUCAAUGUUUGGAAUCUCAAAUAUAAUCGUGCACUGAUUAAAGUAAAAAUUGGACACAAUAGGUGGAAUUGUGAUUGCUCUUUUACAGAACCAUUCCGAUAUUGGUUUACAAAAUUCAAACCAAUUGUCGUUGAUGGCGGCAGUGUGCGUUGUACUUACAAUAAUUUUACCACGAUGCACAUUAUUGAAUUUAGCAACUCCUCGUGUUCUAACUUCAGCGUUAUACCCUUCACUUCAGCAGAAUUUGUAGAAGAAUACAUGUCGGUGGUCAUACUCGUUCCAAUGAUGCUAUUAAUGAUGUUGUUAAUUGCUUUCCUUGUGUGUAAGUACAGAAAUAAUAUGAAAAUGUGGAUCUAUAACAAGUAUGGAGUAAAAUUAUUUGAGAAAAGUGAGUAUCCUGAAGACAAUGAAAAACUGUUUGAUGCUUUUGUGUCGUACUGCAAAAAAGAUGAAGCUUUCGUAACGCAGAUGGUUUCUCCAGAGCUGGAGUGUGGAUCCCCACCGCAAAGACUUUGUUUGCGGUACAGGGACUUACCAGUCUCGCGGUACAUGGCAGAGACUAUAUCAGAAGCAGUAGAGUGUAGCUUUUGUAGCAUUGCUGUGGUAUCUGAACAGUACUUAAAGAGUGAGUGGUGUAUUUUCGAACUAAAAGCUUCCCACCACGAAACUCAGUGCAACAAGCGUCACAAACUCAUCAUCAUACUUUUGAACAAAGUCGAAAUCAAAGAACUUGAACCUGACGUCAGAGCUUGUUUUAAGGCCGCCAUUAUAGUUCAUUGGGGUGACCGACGAUUCUGGGAAAAGCUGAGGUACGCUUUGCCUGAAGGCAGGAACAAUAGACAUCACAUGAACUGCAAUGAUACAAAACUUUCUACAACGCUACGGCGAUCCUCGCUGUCAAAUUCUAUAAAACUUGUAUAAUUGUAUAAAAUAUAACAUAUAUCUUUAUUAUCGUUCGCGUAUGUACUAAAAUUAUACUGAUAUUAAUUACCAGUUUGUUGUAUCUGCAUCAGUGGUGUACAGUUACAGUAUUUAAAGAAAUGGACCCGCAAAAAACAAAGCUCUGUGAGAAUUGUCAAAGUGCAUUACCUACAUAAAUGAAUGUUAUAUAAAGUUUCACUUAAAAAUAUCUUAUAAAUUUUGAAAUGUGCUUCAUACAGUUUUUGUUAAUAUUAUGUGAACUCAUAUAUUUUGUUGUCAAAUUAUUUUGUGU